AUGUCACUCGGGCCGAUUCGGCUGCCUCGGCUGCCUGGCUUCAACUACGAACCUCUUCCUGCCAGGUGUAUUCGGAUACUGGAACUCCAACCCGGUGAGCGUACCGACCCAUUCCAAGGCAGUUUCACUAUCAUAUCGAUCGAUGGCGAAGACAAGUACGAUGCUCUCUCAUACAUGUGGGGUGAUGCGUCGCCCGUAGAUCACAUCGUUGUCGAUGGCGCAGCUAUACCGGUGGCCUGGAACCUCGCAAGGGCGUUAGAAUACCUGCGCGAUCAGCAGGGUUCAGAGGUUCGUAGGAUCUGGAUAGAUGCAGUAUGUGUCAACCAAGAAGAUGAGAAAGAACGUGGGCAUCAAGUUGCUAUGAUGCGUUUAGUAUACAGCAAAGCGGACUGUGUUCGGGUCUGGAUCAACGCACCCGACCUAGAAGAAGAGAGUGAAGCGGUGGCGGCGCUCAAAAGCUUCGAGCUACGCACAGAAGAAUCGAAGUUUCGUCUAGGCGACGACAUACAAUUCUGGGAGCCUCUAAAGCCAAUAUUCAAGAACAAAUACUGGAAUCGACUCUGGAUACAACAGGAGGUCAUGAACGCGCAGCGACUAAUUCUGCAUUGCAUGAAUGUCACCGUUCUUGGUACCAGCUUUUGGCAAUUCCGAGGAGCUGUAGAGAAACUGGGCAAGGCAGCCGCCGCGAAGGCAGACAUUCAAACAGGGAUGCAGCUAGAAAGAACACUUGAAAUUGGAAAUCUCGCCGAUAGGGGUUCCCUUAUCGAUUUACUUGAUCAAACCUACUCCAUGAAGUCAUCCAGGAUUCAUGAUCGACUUUAUGCAAUCAUGCAUUUAGCUAAUGACUUCCAGAAAAACGACAUAGGGGUCGACUAUAACAAAACAGUUAAUCGGGUUAUGCUUGAAGCGGCUGAUCACCACAUCAGACUGCAUCGUAAUCUUCGUUUUCUGGAUCAAAGCUUUCGGUCAGACUUUGACGAAACCAGAUAUUCGGAACACAACUCAGAAUGCUCAUUUCCCACUUGGCUCCCACGCAAAUGGAUAGGUUAUGACCAAGAUGGGAUCGGCAUAUGGUCCUCGCAGAAGGAUCUUGGACCCGAAAUCGCCGUCGGUGAACAGCUAGGCGAUGAUGAAGAUAGUCCCGGCAAGAUCUUCUCGAACGAUGAGGAGUUGUUCACAACUUGUGCGCCAGACUCUGUUGAUAUGACUCAUGUGCGAUUACGUAUCCGCGGAAUGAAGGUUGGUGAUGUUCGAACAGUAUUUUUGUUGCCACUUCAAAGUGAUAUGGACGGAAUGACCGUGGCGCAAUUCUGGUCAUCCAGUCUUGGUCAGCACAUUGGGUCAUACUUCUGCCUCGAGGAGCGACAGAUAUCACUUGGGAUGGUCCGCGCCCUGGCUCGUCAGUGGCCAAGGAAGGAGUUCAAUUACGAAGACGCCGUACUUGGGUUAAAGUGGUUCUACGACUGUAGUACGAGGCCAGAUCUUGCAGAUCGCCAUAUCGGUAUUCUCGGAUCCUUCAUCAACUCCUUGCUAGCACCACUACGUGAUCAUCCCAACCGCGAUGCCGCGGUCGCUGCAAUAUCCCUCAUCGUCGCAGAACUCACCCGCCGAAAGGGCAUCCUGACCGACAAAGACCAAUUUGGCCUCGUUCCCGAAUGCAACAUAAGAGCUGGGGACGAGAUAUGGAUGUUACUCGGAUAUUCCCUACCAUGUGUAUUAAGAAAACAACCCGACGGAACGUAUGAGUACAUCUGCAAUGUACGUAUUCACGUUCUUAUGGAUGGCAUCGUAGGCCACACGGACAUUCGACGCUUCUCAACAAAGGCGACCCCUGGCGAACAAAUCGGCGAGUGGACGAUUGAGGAUAUCGAGCUCAUCUAA